AUGAGAAGCAUAAAGUCAGUGGUAGUGGGUGAUGGUGGAGUCGGAAAGACUUGUCUCCUAAUUUCAUACACAACAAACACAUUUCCCAACGACUAUAUCCCCACCGUAUUUGACAACUACUCGGCAUCUGUCUUGAUAGACGGAGAACCAAUAAAGCUAGGAUUGUGGGAUACUGCUGGCCAGUCCGAAUACGACAGAUUAAGACCAUUAUCAUACCCUCAAACAGAAAUAUUCUUGUGUUGCUUCUCAGUCGUGAGUCCGGACUCAUUCCAGGAUGUCAAGCAGAAAUGGAUACCUGAAAUCUUACACCAUUCACCCAAAGACAUUCUCAUUCUACUCAUAGGCACCAAAAUCGACUUGAGAGACGAUCUCCAUGUUGUUGACGAGUUGGCAUACAAGAACUUCAAACCAAUAACUUACGACCAAGGUUGUAAAUUGGCCAAGGAGAUUGGUGCAGUGAGAUAUAUGGAGUGUUCAGCAGCAACACAGGUGGGUGUCAAGGAAAUCUUUGAUUUCGCUAUAAGAGCAGUAUUAGAUCCGCCCAAUUCACAAAGUAAAGAUUACAUAACUAGUGAUGCACUCGGAGGACUGCAUAACAAUAAUGGCAACGGCAGCAGUACAAGCGGUGGUGGUGUUGGUGGUGGCGGAAGCGGAGGUGGAAGCGGCAGUGGUGGUGGAGUGUUUGGUUCCAAAAGUGGAGGCCUGGGUGGUAACAAUGGGAAGAACAUAACAAAGAGAAGAAAGAUUAGAAAGGCUAAGAAGUGUACUAUAUUGUAA